CACGUGACUAAGUCAGUUGCAAAAUGGCGAAGGAUUCCUUGACAGCAUGUAAACAGCAGGAAUGAGCAUCGAAAAGAUGUGACAAUGUGAGCAAUGCCAGAAAAUGGUAAUGGAGGAAAACACGCCCAAAACACAGUCAACAGCAGACCAAAAAUAAACAACAGUAAUAAUCAUCAUGUGAAUGCUAGCAGUAUUAAAGCAUCAUCUGGGUCUGGGGAACACCCAGUUUUCUCCUCCAGUUUUCAACGUAAUCAGAAUAUCCUACAGCCAUACCAUGACAUAGCUUCUAGUCUGUUUGGAGGAGGUGGGAAUCAUGAUAUCAAUGAGGCCUUUCUGGCAGCUGUCAAGGAUGGGGACUUUGAUCGGGUGCAGAAUUUUAUACAGAGGCGCAGCGAAAAUCUGAUAAAUGUUGAUGUCAAAGACAGAAAUACUGGGAACACACCUCUUAUUUGGGCUGCAAAGAGGGGACAUACAAAGAUUGUGCAACUUCUUCUGAAAAAUGGUGCAGAUGUUACCCUACAAAAUUUUGAAGGUCAGACGUCAGUUGAGGUGGCUUCAUCAUCCAUCAAACAAAUAUUGCUAGAUUCUGUAGAUCAUGGAACAACACACAGACAUUUUCUGCAAGCAGCUUGGCAAGGGAAUAUCAGUGUGGUUAGGAAGUUACUGGCUGAGGGCAGGAUUCUGGAUGUAAAUUGCAAGAAUGCAGAUGGAUUGACACCACUUCUUCUAGUCACAAGGAAUGUGGAUUUGUUUGAGAAAUUAAAUAAACAGCUGCAUAAAGAAUAUAAUCCCCUAGAGGUUGUAGCAGAACUUCUGACACACAGUGGUGAUCCAGAUGUGUUUGACAGUGAAGGCAAGAACCCUCUGCACUAUGCAUCACUUUGUAAGACUCCACUGGCUGGCAGGCUGGUCUCAUGUAUGCUGGAGGAAGGGGUGGAAUCAGGUGCUAAGGACAGGCGCUGUAACACCCCCAUCCACUGUGCCUCCAGGAGUGGCAAUGUUGAUGUGAUGCUGGCUCUCAUAGAUGGAGGAAUGGAUGUCAAUGUCAGAGGAUUUGCUGGGGCCACACCUUUACACGUUUCUGCCCAAACUGGAAACAAUGACACUGCAACUACUCUGCUAGAAUAUGGUGCUGAUGUGACAUUAGUGGAUGACAAAGGUCUCACUGCUGUUGAUGUUGCCAAAAAUAAACGUGUCAGGUCCACCCUGAAGGAAGCCUGGGCUGAGGCUACCCAGAAGAAACCAGAGCCCCAGUUAGGUCCUCUCCGUGCACCUAGCAGGGAAUCUUCUCAUUUUUCACAAGAUGAGUUAAGGACAUUUAAAGCUCAGAAGAGGAAAGGAGAGGUCAUUUUUGAUGGUUUACCUAUAACUUCAUCAUUUCAAUGCAAGAAGUCGUUUUCACCACCUAAGAAGUUAACACUUCAACAGCUGUCAGAAGCCCACAGUGCUAUGAAGCAUGAGGAACAGGUGCUCAAGGAACUGGAAACUGGAACUUUUUCAUAUUCUCCAACAAGAGAUGGCCCAAGAAUCUUAGGAACACCAAGGGGAGUACCUAAACCCUCCACCCUACCCAGAAUGCCUCACAGCCCAGAAAAGACGCCCUUGCACAAGAGCCCUGAGAGGCAUUUGGCACCAUUGAGAGAAGCCCAGAGUCAGGCCAGGAAACUGAGCAGAGAGUUUUCUGCUGAUGAUUUUGAAAGUGGGCAUCCUAUACUUGGGAAAAGAAAUUCUGAUCCGGGAAGAAAGCUCUCUCCAUUGAAUCCCACAGAUAGUGCUGUAUCUAUCAAAGGAAGGGCCACUGACCUGUCAGAGACACUUCAUGAUUUAAGAUCAAAGAAGAUAGUCCAAGGGACCAACCUUGCAAGACAGCGUCGCCUGUCAGACGGCAAUAACCACUCUCCUUCUCCUAACAUUGCUGAACUGACUGGUAUCUGCGAUGACUUGCUCUCCAAGGGUCGAUCCCCAUCUGUUGUGUCUGUAGGUGACCUUGACAUUGAAACCAUCACUCCCCCUCCCAGACUGACCCCAAUUCGCACUCCCUCUGGUUCUGAUCGUAACAGACUGAAGAUUCCGAACACUAUACAAGAAGACAAGGAAACUAGGGCCAUGAUUCUUGAUCUAGAUCAAAUGGGCAUUAAGACAUCAUCAGAUUCACCAGUAUUCCAGGAUCUUUACCCACUUUCAAGGAAAAUAUUACCACCAUCACCAUUGCAACAGAAACAGUACAGUUUUGAAGAGGGGAGGCUAACUUCACAGGAUUUUGCAUCUUCAAAGGAGUCCUCACCGAGAUCAACAGAAAGCUCACCACGGUCAGAUUGCAGUAGCAGUCAUGACAUUAAGUACCCUGUGCGCAGCAAGUCAAUCCUGAGAAAUGUCUUCAAUAUUGAGGAGAGCAGAACUGUAGAGCAUAGAUCUUCCCCAGAGAGUGAGUCCAAGUCCAGUAUGGCUUCCAGCAGUUUUAGCAGUAUGACCACGCCCUCACCAGAGACAUCUCAAGAGUUUGGAACUGUCAAUACUUAUGAUACAAACAGUUCUAGUUCUACAUUGACUAAUGUGACAAUUAAUGCCAAUGUAAAUGCCAGGGCUUCUUCCACUGUAACAGAUAAGGGUAACAAGAAGCCUUUACAUGUGCCUAGACCUCCUCAAGAUAAAGAAAGGGGAGAAGGGGACAGUGCUCACAAAUCUAUGCCUGCCAGUAAGAAUCAAGAAACUAAAACAUAUAAAGUUGCUCAAAACACAGCUGCAAAUAAAACAAGUAUUUCUAUGACUGAGAGUUCUAAAAAGACCAAUAAGACAGCAGUGACUUCUGGAGACAAUAAAGCUGGCUCAAAGGCAGCAGCAGCAGUAGCAGGUAGAGCAAGGCUUCGAGAAGUGGCGAGACAAAAUGCCCAGAAUCCUGCUGUCAAAAAUGUUCAAAAGGGUGCUGCUGUUCAAAGCAAUAAUAGCCAACAAGCUUCAGCUGUUAAAGUUCCAGUCAGUUCUGCAAUGGGAGCAAAUAAGAAGAGCAGCCCACCAAGAGACAAAAUAAUAGUGCACUCAAACAUCUUGGAGGAAACUGCUGAUCUUCCUGAAGAGCCUGUGAUUGAAAAGCACAAAGAGGAAAAAACUGACCAAGAAAAAGAUGCAUCUUUAAUUGAGGGCAAAGCUACUGCAGAGGAACAUUUCUUUAUUACUGAGACCUCAGUAAAAAAUGAGUCGACUUCAAUGAUGGCCACUGGGCAGGAAAAAAAGGAGUGCGCAAAAGACAAUAGCGAAUCACCCUUAAAGGUUGUGCCUCUUUCCUCAAAAUCUGAAACUGAUAUCAAAGUAACUGAAGUUAAAAUGGAAAACACACCAGUCCAAGACUCUCAACCUGUGCAGAAAAUGUUAAAAAGAAGUGAAUCAGAUCCAAAGUUAAAAGGUAUGACAAGGCAAACCUCAACUGGUAGUUUAAGCAGUAAUAUUCCUGCUACUUCACCAAGGUCAAAAGUAUUAAACAGGACACCUAGUCAGAUUUCUAUUGUAAACUCAGUUAUCAUUUCUGAUCAUGCUGUGCAGAGUCAAAAGAAGAUGGAAACUAAACCCAAUAACUCUCCUAGAAAUAACACACAGAAUGGAAAAUCUGUUGUUGCCUGGUCUGACAGUAAAAGUGAUAAAAGUCCACGAAAAACAGAUUCUAAAGCCAGCACAGCUCUACAAGGCAACCAAAAGAAUCCUAAUCCAGCUGUGGUCCAGGCUGUAAACAGAAAUGACUUGACUGUAUCAUCUACAAAACAGAGUAAAACAAGUUCACCCAAAAAUCCAAACAACCCUGCAACUGAGAAAAUACAAGAAAAGAAGGGACCAAAGACUUUGCAAGGUAAUUCAGGAAAUAGUAAACAAAUUAAUGUUGAAACAAAUCGACCUCAUUCAUCAAGUCAGCAAGUCCCUCAGGUUCCAGGGGCACCUAGUAGCAAUAAAGAGGGUGCCAGUGCCAAAGUUGACGAAACUGCUGCCUUUAACUCUGACAAAGUCCCAGUUGAAAGAGCUUCCAGCAGGAACAAAUCUACAAAUGUCACCGCUUCUCCUUUAAGCAAGAAUGUAUCUUCCACUGAAAGAUCUCAGUCUGUAAGCAAUGCAAAAGCUAUUGAAAAAGCUGUUAAAUCUGUUGAUGCUUCACAAACAGUUGGAGUUGUAUCCAAGCCAAAAGUAAAAAACACUAAUGAGACUGUGUAUGUCACAAAUGCAAAGAGGCCCUCAGAUUGUGAAAAUAUACAAUCAACUAAAACAAAUCCACAGGUGAAAGUCAUUAACACAGUUGUAAAUAAUAGUCCAAAAACAACUCCAACAAACAAGGGCACAAAGGAAGAUAAUGUAGUGGAAAUGAAAAACGAGGACAAAAUUGAAUCAAAUGUUCAGAAUAGUUUGGAGUCUAAAGUGACAACUUCUGGAAAAGAUAUAUCUCCAAGAACACAGAACACUAUCAAUGAUUCUAUACAGAAUAAUGUUGAUGGAAUGUCACCUAGGACACAAAAUCAAAUAAAUGACAAAAUUGAGGAAAUAAGUGAAAGGAAACCAGUAACACCUGUAAAAACAAAAACAGAAAAUCAGAAUCGGACAAGAGAAACUCUUGCUUCAGAUAUGCAAAGAAAAUUAGUGCUAGUUUCCUCUGAAAAGUAUCCGGAAGGUGGCGUAUCCAAGAAACCCAUGUCUGCUAGGCCAACUAAAGCCAAUAACACUGUGAAUAAGCCACCUGUUAAGACUGUAAAACCUACAAAACCUUCCACUGUGGUGCCUAAAGGCGGAAUUACAAAAGCAAACACUGUAACAGUGCAUCAAAAGCAUUUCAGUGCUUCUACAAAAGAACCAAGCAAACAGUCCAAUAUUGAUAAAACUGCUACAAAUAAUGCUAAAGUUCCUGCUUCUAAUAUACAGCCAUCUGAGACAAAGGCACCUCCACAAACAGAUAACAAGGCUAAGAUGGGACAAGAUAUUCUGCAGAUGGAAAAUGAUCAGAAAAAGACAACAGAAACAGAGGAUGAAAAAUCUACCCCAGCCCCAGGUUUAGAGGUGUUUGUAGGCAAGGAUCAGUCUCCAGAUCUUCCAAAAGCAGUCAGAGUGAAUUUUGUUGAACACACCGGGCCAGUCAUAGAAGAUGCCUUUGAAAACUUCCCCAAACCAUAUGAAACCCAAUCAGUAACUUCUGCUGCAAAUAACAGUGCCUUGGAUACAAAGAAUAGCACUUUAAAACCUCCUGGUAGAACGAGGGAUGCCUUUUUCAGUGCACAAAACAGAUCACCUUCCAAGACAAGGCCCAAAAAGUCGGCAGUUGUGAAAUCUCAAAAUCAAACCAGUAAAACCACUGGGCAGCAGGGUACAAAGAAAGUGGGUAAUAAGAACAACACAGAAUGCAAGAAAGAUGGUACUGAUGGACAAAAAGUUAAAAAGAGGUUGAAAAGUGGGAAGAAAAAGAAGAAGAAACAAGUUGGGAAAACAGAACUAGAUAAUAUUGAUCCUUCCAAAACUGCUCUCAUUUCUGGUAUUGGUUGGCAUAUAGCUACAGAUAAAAUAGAGCAUGCAGAAGUGUCCAAAAAGACAGACUCUUCAGACGAAGAAAGUGAGACACCAAGACCAAGCACCUUAAAUCCUGGAAUAGCCAAGACAGAAGGUGCAGAACAUGUUGAGCCUCAAGCAAAUGAAACGACAGAGGGCAAGGUGCCACCUAUUGAUUUGGGUAGCGUUGCAAAUGUGUGUUCUACAGAAAAAACAGAACCAGCUCCUCAAAAAACCAUGAGGCCAUUGGAAGUUCCAAUCACCUUAGAUUCAAUGGCAAUGCAGGUUUUGAUAAACAUUGCAGAAUUCCAAUCACCAAGGACUGCUAGGUCCUCAAGAUCCAAGACCUCAGUGAGGUCACCAAGGAGAAAAUCGCCAAGAAGGUCCCCUCGGCCAGAUGAAAUCAGGAAGGUUUUGGAGAGAGAAAUAAGGGAAAGGUCCAUCCCUCUCAGUUCCAGUGAUCAAGAAUCUCCUGUGAAUUCUUUGAUUCCCAAUACCAUCAAUGCAAUCAGACAGUUUGCUAAGUCAGUAAGGGACGAUUCUUCAGAUGUUCAUCAAAGGUCUGAGUCUGGCUCAGGUCAAUCUUCUGGGCAGAACACGUGGUCAAGCUCUUGGGAGAAAAAAAGAGAAAAUUUUUCAUCUAAAUUCCAACCAGAAGCAGAUGCUGCUUUAGAAAAUAUGAACAGUUCUCUUAAGCAGUCAUCGAAAGUUGUUCAAAGUAUACUGGACGAGGCUCCAGGCAGCAAUUCGGAUACUGAUGGAUCGUUCCCUGAUUCAAGACAUGAGGGAAGUAUGUUUAGUGCUGGCAUUGAAAGCAACUUUUCUUCUCGGCAAUCCAGUGGGUCAAAGGUCAUAAGUUCAGGGUCCUCAAGACAAUCUAGCAACAGUGGGUCCCAUGACUCUGCAAAUUCACGCUUCUUGAAACAGAUGGAGGAGCUGAGGCAAAGUUCUGGGAGAGUCAGCGAAGCUGGUGAUGAAAGUCAGGGUCUAAGUCGGGCUUGUGGUCAAACCAGUGACAAUAAUGUUGGGUCAGAUCAAUUAAACAAGCCUAUAGCAAAUGCAGAAAAGGAUGAAAACAUUGAAGAUCUCAUUGAAGAAAUCCUGAGUGCUACGCCUGUACCAAGGGAAAAGAAACCAAAGUCAAACACAUCCUCUCCAGGAUAUAACAGUAAUAUUGAUAGUCAGAACACUAGUGUAGAGGACCACAAUAGUGAGGUCAGACACCACCACCCACAUAGGAGAGACUCUAAGGAGGUUAUGAGAGAGGAAGGCUUGGAGAAACUGGUGGAUAACUUUAAGAAAAUGGAACUGCAAGUGUGUGAUGAUGGUACCACUCCAACUCCUAGAAGAUCAAAUUCUCCAGCCAUGCCAAUAGCCAACUCUUCUCACAGUGUGACUAAAAGGCCACCAUCUGGUAGAUCAAAGGAGGUUCAGAAGACAUCUUCACAUGUGUCCUCAUCAAGUCCAAUCUCAGGGAGAAGAAAGAAAAUGACAGAGCUUAAGCAGAGGGCAAGUAAAGACAAACCUGAGUUGCCAAGCCACAGAAGUGAUGUGAGUGAAAUGCUGGGGGAGGUUCCUACACUUACUCAAAAGGAUAUUGAUGCCAUGUCAGAAUGUUCUGGUGUAAACUCUGACCUUGGUUCAGAAUGGCUGAGUGUGACAGGAAGUGAUGCAGACGAUGAUGCAGUCAACCAAUCACUGGUACAGGUUAUGAAGGAGGUGGAACAAGUCACGUGCAAUUCUCCUGAAAGCAGAACAUACACAAGUAGGUUGGGUCGCAGAAGUAACACCAGGGCAGAGAGUGUGUGUAGUACCAGGUCUGAGGGAGAGACUUUGCAAUGGAAAAAGGGAAAUGUCCUUGGGAAAGGAGCAUUUGGAACUGUUUGGUGUGGGCUGACAGAUGUUGGAGAACUGAUUGCUGUCAAACAGAUAAACCUGAAUGUUCAUGACAUGGAUAAAGCUGAAAAAGAAUAUGAGAAAAUACAGGAAGAAGUGGACUUGCUCAAGACUUUAAAACAUAAAAACAUAGUUGGUUACCUUGGCACCAGUCUGGAGGAUGACACAGUGAACAUCUUCAUGCAGUUUGUUCCUGGUGGUUCUGUGGCCAAUCUCUUGGCACGCUUUGGGGCCCUGGAAGAGGUGGUCUUCUGCAGGUACACCAAGCAGAUCCUGGAGGGGGUGGAGUACCUCCAUGCCAAUAAUGUCAUUCACAGGGACAUCAAGGGAGCAAACAUCAUGUUGAUGCCUAAUGGUAUCAUCAAGCUUAUAGACUUUGGAUGUGCUAAGAGGUUGUGUAUCAAUCUCAGCAUGAGUCAGACACAAAUACUCAAAUCCAUGAAGGGGACACCAUAUUGGAUGGCUCCAGAGGUGGUCACUGAGACAGGACAUGGAAAGAAAUCUGAUAUAUGGAGUAUUGGCUGUACAGUGUUUGAGAUGGCCACCAGAAAACCUCCAUGGUCAGAGAUGGCACCCAUGGCAGCCAUAUUUGCUAUAGGCUCAGAUAAGCCAGUCCCCGAGUUACCUGCCACAUUUAGUGAGGAAGCAAGAGAGUUUGUGAAAAUGUGCAUGUUAAGAGAUCAAGAUCUUCGUUGGGAUGCAUCAGCACUGUUGCAACACAUUUUCAUCACCAAGAAAAAGAAAUAAACUGAUCAUGGACAAAGGAUUAUUUAUUUCAGCUUAACUGCAGUUAAGCCUAUGAAAAUAUAGGAGGCACAAAACCGACUUAUAUACCAUGUUACAUAAAUAACAGUGACAGUAAACCAAUGUUGGAAAAUGAGAUCAUUUUCAUGAUUUUAUAUUGAAGAGCCUUUCAAGUAGAUUUUUACAUAUACUUGAAAAUAUGAAUUAACUGAUCUAUAUACAGCUACCCAUAUACUAAUUUAUACAGGUUUUAUCUGUAUUGAUUUAUACAGGACUAUACCAAGUGCAUUAAAUAAGGAAGGGAUUUAAUUGUGUUUAAAAACAAAG